GUGACGUCAUCACGAAAAUCUUCAUCAUCAUGACGAUUUUGUCAAUGCGGCGACCCCUCCUGACCCCAGCAGCCGUUGUGAUCAGGUGACUCCUGCUGCAGCGCAUCUUCAUCCAGCACUGCUGAUGUGAACCUCAGUGCUGUGAGCCGCUCAUUUCCUGCCAACGGUUUGCCGGUGGGGGAGGUGAGAUGUUCCUGCACACUUCAUGUUUUGUGUGUGCAACUUUACAGUGACUCACACAAUGGAACAGGAUGUGUGCUCUGAGUUCAUGAGUGUGUGGGAGAAGAACGAAGAAGGGUGAUCCGAGCUGUGCACUGGACAGGUGCUCGGCCCAGCAGGUGUUCUCACACUCCACACAUCCUUCUUUCUGUCUGAGAUCGGAGCACAUGGAGCAGCAGGGGACCACGCCUCAGGCUCUAUGGAUCCACAGGACAAACUCUGUUCCUCCAAAGCUGCAAGAUCAGAUCUCAGAGAUGCUGAAACCUUACAGGGUCUGUCAGAUUACCCCCAUCGUUCCAACCCACUGCUGCCAGUCAGGGGGGAGAGCUGCCAGCAGGUUUGUGGUGUUGUGUCGAUGGAGGGCUUUCCUGGUUUUCAACAAGCAGCCUCUGAAGGUGGAGCACACCUUCAGCUUUAUGGAUAUUUCCUCCAUCUACAUCCCCAGUCACACACAGAUGGAUCUGGAGAUGGACGGCCAGACUCUGUCCUUCAGUGUUCUCCACACUGAUGAUCUGGAUGCAAUAAUCGGUCACAUGACUGCGUCCCUGAAGAGGAUCUUUCCCGAUUCCUCCCCAGGAAACCUGCUGAAGACGAUUCCUACAGACCUCCAGGAGAGACUCCACGCCCUGACGGAGAUGGUGGAGGAGCAGCUGAAUGCCCAGCCCAGCCCCUGUGGAGGGUUCUCAGAUACUUAUGCUGCUCUUUGUGACUUCAAUGAAAUGCAGUUCAAGGAGGAGAUCCAGUGGGAUCUUGACAACAUCUACCACAUACACAACAGCAAAGUCUUUAACCUCCAAGACUUCAGUCAUUUGGACAGCAGAGACUUGGCUUUGGCAGUGGCAGCUUUGUCCUUCAACCAGUGGUUCAUCAAGAUCCACUGCAAAGAGCUCAAACUGUCCAUGGACAUCCAGCAGCAGCUGACCUUUCUGCUGUCCAGAUCUCCAAGUCUGCAGGAGAUCUCACUGGAGGGCUGUGGACUAAAAUCGGACUUUGGAGUGAAGAUGGCAGCUGCUCUUCAAGAACGCAUGUCCUGUCCUCUGCAAUCCAUCAAUCUCUCUGGAAACCCCAUUGAAGACAAAGGAGUCCUAGCUCUCAGUCCGCAGUUACAUCGUCUGGAUGAGGGACUCAAACAUCUUUCCUUGAGCUGUGUAUCAAUGACUGCUAAAGGUCUGGGCAGUCUUGGUACGGUCUUAUCCUCCAAUAAGAUCUUCCCAGCAUCUCUGACCCACCUGGAUCUGUCAAAGAACCCCGGCAGUCUCUCCACCGAGGAUGCCAUGUUCCUCUUCAGCUUCUUGUCCAGCUCAAACUCGCUGUCCCACCUGGACCUCAGUGACACCAGCUGCCCCCUGGACACGCUCUUCGUGUCUCUGUCUGCUGGCUGCUGCAGCCGACUGCAACAUCUGAACCUGGCCAGAAAUCCCUUCAGCCACAGAAAAGUGCGGGAUGUGACCAGGAGCAUUCAGCAGUUCUUCAGUCAGAGUUGGGAGCUCAAAUACGUGGGUCUGUCUGCAACCAAGCUUCCUGCUCAAGCCCUCAGGUUGCUGCUGCAGGGUCUGGCCACCAACAAUCGUCUCCUUGGCCUGGAGUUGGACCUCAGCAGCUGUGAGCUGCGCUCGGCGGGGGCUCAGGUCAUACAGGAGCACAUCUCUGAGGCCACCGCCAUCAAGAGUCUGGACAUCUCUGACAAUGGUUUUGAAAACCACAUGGUGACGCUGGUUCUGUCGGUGGGUCGAUGUCCGUCUCUGCGUCAGCUCUCCUUGGGGAAGAACUUCGCCAUGAAGUCCAGAGCUCUCUCUGAUCUUCUUCAUCGCAUUGCCCAGCUCAUCCAGGAUGAAGAGUGUCCUCUGCAGUCUCUGUCGGUGUGUGACUCCAAGCUGAAGUCAGGCGUGCACAUCCUUCUGAGCGCCCUGGGCGGCCACGCCGCUCUGACCGAGCUGGACAUCAGUGGAAACAACAUUGGAGACACAGGAGCCAAAAUGCUGGGCAAAGCCCUGAUGACCAACACCAAGCUGAGGACUUUAUUGUGGGAUAGAAACAACGUGAGUGCCAGGGGCUUUCAGGAUGUGGCAGAAGCUUUGGAGAGGAACUUCUCCCUGCAGAAGAUGCCUUUGCCAUUGGCUGACAUCACGCAGAGUUACCGCAGCAACCCAGAGGGAACGAAGGAGGCCCUGAACAAGAUUCAGCUGUGUUUGGACAGAAACAACCAGAGACAGUGUGGCAGCAUAGAGCUGCAGCAGGCCUUCAGCUGUCAGCAGUCUGAAAAGCUGAUCCAGGAAAAGUCUCGGCAGUUGGAGGACAGCCUGCAUUGUCUCAGCCUCUCAGGCUCACAGGAGGUGCAGUCGGACGUCCUGGCAUCAUAUGAGCUGCUACAAAAUGCCAGGGAGGCUUUGAAGCUGCUCCCCUCUCUGUGUGAGGAGGGCUGGAAAAGCGCCCCCGAUGGAGACUCUGUGAAGGACAUCCUCAGAGACGCUGCUGCUGCACUGACUGAUCACAGCAACAGAAGCAUUCAGGAGCUGGCUCGAGGCCUGAUGGGACAUGCAGAGGGGGUGUGUCCUCGAGUGGUCCAGCGUUCCAGCGUGUGCAUGUCUCUGUCAGAUUGUGUGUCCAGGGCAAGCAGACAGGCGCACGACAUGCUGUGGAGCACUCUGGUGGAGGGUGCGGGGCAGAGCAUCAGCAGCAGACUCAGAGAACUGAGACACACGUUGACCGUCACCCUGGUUGAAAGUGUUGUGGAGCAGCUGCUGCAGGAUCUGACAGAUGCUCUUGACAAAAUGAAUUGCCUCAUGAAAGAAAAUUCCAGCAACACUUCAAGAUUCAACAUUCCAGAGUUGCGACUGGCUGAUGCCGAGUUCCCGACAGACGACUACACUCCGGCGUUCUGGAGGAACAGCUUACUCUCCAAGAGCCUGAGGCCAGCGGCGUCGCUCAAAAGUCUGCUGGAUGCCGACUGGGAGCAGCAGAGCAGAGGCAGUAGAACGGAGAGGCAGCGGGGAGGGGGCUCUGCAGAGGAGGACGGAGGGGGAAGGUGUACCUUCCCGCCACAGCUAACGGCAACCUCGCUGCCGCUCAAACCCUCUAGUCCCUCCCCUUCCCCUUUUACUUCCUUGUCCCCCUCCCCCCCAGUAGAGAGGGGAAGGAGGUGGAUGGAGGGGGAGGUGGUGCCAGCGGAUGCUGCAGAAGGACCAUCAAGAGUCAGAGGAGCAUCGUUCAUCCCUCUCCCCGGCCUCCCUCCUCUUUACUCCAUCUCCACUCGAGCUCCGCUGGAGGAGGAGGAGGAGGAGGCAGCUGGCUUCCACAGAAGAGAGGUCCGCGGCCCCCUCCCCGGCACUGGAUUCCCCGCUUCUCCCAUGGAGCCUCUACCCUCCCAGGGACAGACGCUAAGGCACUACACCGCCACCCGACCACGGCCACGACGCACGCACACACAGCCCCCCUCCUCCAGGCCUCAGGAGGCAGUGUCCAAGGAAGAGAAUGAGUCCAGCGAAGUGAUGGGCAGAGUGGACGAAGGAGUGGAAGAAUUCUUCACCAAGAGAAUCAUCCCUGACUAUGCACUAAAAGGCCGAUGGGAGGAUUCAAACCCUGCCCAACCCACUCCCUCCGAGUCAAGCUCCACCCUCUCUGCCUCCCCCCCAUUUUCCUCCUCGUCUGACGUCAUCCCCACAUCUACUGUCAUCGCUGUCACCUGUCCCCCUGUCAUAUCUCCAGACACAUCCCUUACCUCUCCCGACGCUCCUCCCCCUGUAACCUCUUCACCUUGCCCCACCCCUGUCACCACCUCCACCACCCCCACCCAGGUACCCACAAAAAAUAUCAAGAAAAAGUUUGGGGAUUUCUUCGCCUUCAAGAGGCCUCGAGCCAGCCGGGCUGCCAAGGCGAGCGGGGGAGAGGGAGGAGCAGAGGGGGUGAAGGUCAAAAGAACCUCCAUUGCAGAUCUCAUUCGACCCCUCCGAGAGGCCAAGGAGAGGGACAAGGACAGGGACAAGGACAGGGGGGCAAGGUCAGUAGAGGAUGCUAACCUUUGUAAUGAUGCCGUCAUCACAGAAGGAAUCGGCGCCGGCAGUGCAGGCGGUGCGGGGGGAGUGACGGCGCCUGCAGAGACUUUGCCCACGACCAUGCCUCCAAGGAAGACCACGCCCUCCCCUGUCACCAUCACCACAAGCCCUGACAUCCCCUCCGCUGCGCUCCCCAACCUGGACGAAGCGGGAGCUGCUGCGCUGAGCCUCCCUCCACCUGAGCAGGAGGUGCAGGCGGGGCAGAAGCUGUCCGGAGAGAGGAGGCUGAGAGUGGCCAAGAAACUGCGAGAGGGCAAAAGCCAAAGCCUCAUUCUGCUGACGGGGUCAGAGUCGGAGGACAAGGACAGCACGGCCAGCAAGAAACACGCGUCUGAGAGUGGGGCCAGCUUUGAGCAGAGGCUCCAGGUGAUGCUGCAGAGAAUUGGGGUGACCAAAACCCCCCCAGCAGACACCAAGAUGUGUCAGAACAAAGACGAGGAGCUCAGAAAGGCCAACUCUGAGGGUGCUAUCCUGGACAAACCAAACCCCGCCCCCACGUGCACCAAGCCCAGAACCAUGUCCACGUCAUCAGCUGACCCCAGACUCCCCCUGAGAGCGCUGGACCCCAUCCGGCCAGACCAGGCUCUGCACCCAAAACCUGCUCUCCCUGAGCGCCCUGUGGGCCUUCCCCCUCCCAAACCUGCUGUUGCAGUGAAGCCUCCAUUUCCCACCCCCCCCACGUCUGCAGGAAGACUGACCCCGCCCCCAAUGGCUCCACCUACAAGGAGUCCUACAGACAAGGUCCAGCUGGCAACGCCACCGAGGCUAAGCAGGCAGGACGAGUCGGAAGCACAGAAUGGAAGCCAGGAGAGUCCAGCCUCCUCUACAUCCCCCAGGAAAGACCUGCUAUGCCCGGUUCCUGCUCCACGGAGGGGGGCCAGCGCACAGGAUCGCUUUGACAAAGCACAAUCGCAGACUGAUGAGAGCCUUCCGAAACCGGGUUCGCACAUGAAGCCCCCCCCACAGCGCAGAGCUGUGUCCGUGCAUGAAGAUGCUCUGGCCAUGACCCAAGAGCUGAAGUCUGUUUUACAGAGGUCACCAAUCUGUUUCCGUGGCAAUAAGUGGGAUCUGCCCUCCUUCAGUGAAGAUGAAGCACAAAGACCCCACACUGAUGGAGAGAGUAAAGGAGCAGGUGAUGCAGCUAAGCUCCCCCCUCCUGGAAAGGAACAAACCCUGCCCCCGUCUGCAGCUCAGGCUCAGCAUGAACUUUCAGCGCUCCAUAAGGCUCCGAGCGGCUCUGGGACCUCAGCAGGAACCACGCCGUCACCGGGGAGACCGUCCUCAACCGCCGCCCAAAAGGAUGGCUCCAGCCCAACCUCCCCCCCUCAAAUCUCAGACAGACCUCUAGUCUCCCCACCAUCCAAAGAAACUGCCCCCAGCAUACCCCCACCCAAACCUUCAAAAACACCCCAUCUAAGCCCCAAACACCAGGAGAACGGAUCCUGCACAGCUCCCCCCCCUGCGGGUCUGCGAAACAGCACACAGGAGCGGCACGAGCACAGAACUGACCCCCCCUCGUCGGAAUGAUGCACCAAGGACGCAGGAGGCGGGAUUGCUGACAUCAUCAACUCUAUGAGCUAAAGCACAGAUGCACGCACAUGCAGGAGCGCUCCCAGUGGAUCGGUCCUCUGACGGUUCUGUCAUCAAACAGCCGCUGAGGGGUUCAGAGGAUUCUGAUGCUCCACGGUCUCCAAAGCUAUGGAACCCCCCCGAGUUAAAAACAACUCAACAGAAACCAAACAGCAAACCACAUCAUGCUGUAAAGAAAGACCACAGGAGCUACACGUUUAGCUCCUUUAGACUUUAUCCUAAAACCCUUCUUCAGGAGGAUGCUAAUCCAAUGGGGGGGCAUCCGUGCUCAACCAGGAUCUGGGUGGGGAGAACCGGUGUGAUCAGCUGGAGCCUGUCAGCAUCUGACUGCAGUUUAAUGCAGGACGCUGCUCUCCAUCUGAUGAGUCAGACUCCUGCAUCCCGCGCAAACACCUUCCGCUACACACAUUCAUACUAUUGUACAGAAAACCACUUUUAUUGAUAGUUUCUUCAGGACAAACUCAACUUUAUCAGAAAAGUCUAUUGUACAUUUAAACCUAGACAUCAACCUCAAGAGCACACCUUUAUUUAUUUUUUACCAGAACUAGUUCCUGACGUUUAUGAUCAGCAGAACACAUCAAACGUUGAAAGUGAGACAUUUGAACGUUUACAUUUUAGCUGUGUGUCCCUGAAAGGUUCUUCCCAAUGGAAAAAGAAAUCUCUUAACAGACUACUAAAUGCUGCAAAACUUACAACAGAGGCCUAUUGUGUCAUCAAGGAUGUAUUAUUUUCAAUAAUUCAUUAGUUAAUUUAAAGUGACAGAGCUGAUUUCCUUAUGGCUUCAACUUUAUCGGAGACCAUCAGGUGAUCACCUUAGCUCUCAGACCGAGAGGGAAAGAGAUGAGGAAAUUGCUGUUUGCUGCGGCCUCUCUACAUCCCACCAUUGACAUCUGCCUUAUUUGUCUUUUACAUGUUCAUGCAAACUCACUGAGAUAGGAGAGACUUGUUUUAAUGGGGAAUUUUUCAAAAAGAUGAAAACAAAAGACUUGUCUAUGUCCACCAGACAAUGUUUUGAGACCAAACUGUAGACCUUCAGAUCAGGUCGAGGGACCAAAUAUUCAGUGCUCUUGGAAGAACGGGAUCAUUAACCAUCACUGUAAUGUAGAAAAACACAUAAGAAGAUGAUCACUUCAACAGAAAACACAGAUUAGUAAACGGCCAGUUAUCAAUCUCAUCUCCAAAAUCCGUGUAGGGUGAGAAGACAUCAGCAGCAACAAGCUUCAUGAACCAUUCCUCUGCAAAAAUCCUCAAUUCAGGUUUUUGUGUCAUUUUUUUUAAAAAUGUGUCCAAAAGAAAAUAAGUCCCAAACAUUUCUGAGAGGACGCAAACUUAAAUUUUGAGUCUGAAUCAGAACAUAUAUAAACAACAGCUUCUGGAUAACAUCUAAAGCAGGGGUGUCAAACACACGGCCCGUGGACCGCAUGCAGCCCGCCAGAUGGUUUAAUCUGGCCCAGUUAUGAAGAGAGAAAAAAUAUGAGGAUGUUGGGCGAAAAAAAAAAGAAAGUUUCUCGCCCAUUUCUGUGGCGAGUUAUUGUUAUUCAAAAAAAUGGCCGCAAUGCGUAAUUCCACCACCAGGGGCAGCAAAGGAAAAGAAAUACCAGCAUUGCAACAGAUCAAGAAAUAAACAGCAUUUUUUUGCAAGCGCGUUCCACCUCUGGGUAAGCGCUAUAAAAAUGAUAAGAUGUGACACUACAAUUACCAAAAUGUCACUGUCAAAAGGAUAAUAAUAGCUCUAAUGAUAAUAUUAAUAAGUGAUUAGGCUACUAAGUUAGAGGCAUUUUUUUCCAACUGAGAAAACGCAAAGAAAACAAAACUACAAAUAACAACUAGACCAUAUUUGCUAUUAUGUUUUUGGUCCGGGCGACUUGAGAUUAGACGGGUUGGAUGUGGCCCCUGAAUCAAAAUGAGUUUGACACCCUGGAUCUAAAGACACGUGAAGUCAGAGUGUAGUAAAGUUGAAAGUUAUUCCUCUCAUUUAUUUGGCAUUUAUUACUUUUUUGUGGCUAUUUUGGAGUUUAGCUAA